AUGUUUACUCUCAUUCAGGCAACUUUUGCUAUGAACCUCGGUGAACUGCGUUCUCCUAAGAACUUCAGAGUCUACUCCGGCUCCUCGGCCAUGCCUGAGUAUGAAGCUAUUGUGAACUCUCUCAGAGAGCAAUGCAGAAGUCUGACUAGUGUUGAGGAAUUCAUAUCCUCCACCGUCUGUCCUACGUACGUGGAAGUCAUCUCGGCUGAAUCCGCCGUCGUCAAGUCAUGCAGAUACGCGAACACUCACUCCAUGGCUUCGGCAACUGCUCGUCAAACGAUGCGUUACCGCGAAGACGCAAGGGAGGAGAUUCGUAAAUAUUUCAAUUGUACUGCCGAAGACUCCGUCAUCUUCUGUGGUGCUGGAGCUACGGCAGCUAUCGACAGGUUCAUUGGAAUCAUGUGCCGCAGUCGAAUCUUUGCUACUGAUGCAUCUCCGAGAGGCCUCCGUCGGGCGGUCCGCUCAUCUCUAACAAAGACAUUAGCUUUGAUCGUUGCCAUUCAGGUUUUGAUUGUAGAUCCGGCUGCUCAUCACAGCUCAUUACUCCCCUUCAGAGAGCUGGCUUCGAACUAUCCACUCAUCCGCCCAGCACCCACAGGUCAGAUCCAUGCAAAGACGCUACCUCUAUGCCCAGUCAAGGGUACUGCUUCUGUUGAGGGUCUCGAGAAAGCAGUGCUUUCAAAGCACUGA